AUGAAGAGAACUAGAGAAGAAGUUGAAAAGGAAGAUAAAGAAAGAGCUCAAUUACCUGAUGAGUUUGUUGCAGCACAUUCAGAUGAGUUCAUCAAAGCUUGUGACUUCAUUUUAUCCAAAGAACCAUCUUUUAUCGAUAUAAUUACUGCAACAAAUUUUGAACUAUUCUUAAGGGAAGCUGCACCUUUCGAAAUAACUUUAAAAUCUGCAUUCACCAAGCUUUCCUGUGCUAUCAUUGCUCAACAAAUUAGUGGUAAAGCAGGCAAUUCUAUCAAGGGUAGAGUAAUAGAUUUAUUUGAUGGUACUUUCCCAACAUACCAACAAUUGAAAGAGGCCUUCAAAAAUGAUAAAAGGAAACAGGAGGUACGUGGAUGUGGUGUGAGUGCAAGAAAGGUAACAUACCUAGAAUCAUUAGUAAACUAUUUUGUAGAGAAAGAAGAUGAGAUCGACAAAAUGUUUAAAGAGACUGGUAACGAUCAGGAGGUUAUUGAUCAUUUAGUCGAAAAUAUUAAAGGAGUAGGUGUUUGGAGUGCCAAAAUGUUUUUAAUCACCGGUUUGAAAAGAUACGAUGUAUUUGCAUCUGAAGAUUUAGGAGCCGCUAGAGGUUGUUCAAGAUAUUUUUCAGAGAACCCUGAACUAUUGAAAGAAUUGACUGCAAAGAGAACAGAAGUCAUUAAAAGUAAACACAAAAAGAAUUCAAAUUGGAAAGUUUAUGACGAUGAUUUGGUGAUAAGCUGUGGAGAUAGGUUUGCUCCCUAUAGAACAGUAUUUAUGUUCAUUCUUUGGAGACUAUCAGCUACAAACGUAGAGGUUAUUGCCAAUAAUGAAAGGCAAUUCGUGCGUGACUGA